AUUAAGGAUCACAAUGAUGCAAAAUAGAUACAGAAAUGAAUUAUUAAAAGCAGAUUGUAGUUCCAGUAUUUCCGAGAAUGACUGUAUUAAAAUUAAAAUCACGGGUAUUAUAAAUACUAGUGCUUUUCAGAAAGCACGAAUAUGCGCUGAAAAAUUGCACCAGCAUAUGCCAUAUAAAUUUACACAACCACGAGUUCUUGAAAUGUUUCAAGUAGACUGGCAUGAGUAUAUUGAAAAAAUGAAAAGAGUAAUCAAUUGUUGCGUUCAUACUUGUAAAAGUAUAUUAUAAUUAACAUUACAAUAGGCAUUGAU